GGGAUUCCAUUCGUUUACCUGUGUGUGACAUUUUUUUUCCACGGACCGUUCGCGCUGUUCCAACAUGUUUACCUGGUUGUACCGCCCUCAUCAUGAUAAGCAGCAAUCCGUCAUCAAUUCCAUAAUGAUAUUCACGUCGCCUUAUCGACAGCAUUAAUUCUCAGCUUUGCAAAACAAAAAUAGAGAGAGAAAGAGAGAGAGAGAGUGUCAUGGAUGAUGAAGUGCGACUUGAAGGUGAAGAGGAGAUGGAGCUGGAUGAGGCUUCAGAUGGUGAAGACGAAGAUGAAGAAACAACAGGCAUUCCUAUAUCUCCUGCUAACUCAGAUCAAUUGCUUGGACAGACAACACCAACCACUGUUACAGCAGAUGAGGUUUUUCAUGAUCCACUGCGGUACUCAAAGUUUUCAUUACCUGGUGGUAAACCUUUGAAUAUUCGCCGUGGACCUGGCAGACCGCGGAAAGAACGACCUUUUGGUCUAACUCGUGGAGGAGGCACAAAAAGAUCUUUUGGAAGGGGUAGCGCCAGAGGCAAAGGAUUUGGAUAUACAAGAGGUGUACCGCGUCGCACCAAAAGUAAAGAUGAUGAUACACACUCGGAAUCACCAAGUCCUUUGCGUAUCACUGGGAUGGAUGAUACUGGUCCUGAUGGUAGUAGUGAAUUAGUGGGAAACUCAAUCGAGAAAUCGAUGCCGGCGCCCGAAGAACCCCCUUACUUUCCUGAACAAUGGCCGGGCAAAGUAUGUGCGUUAUGCAAUUUAGGUGAGAGGAGUCAGUUGGGACAAGGUGAACUUUUGCGUUUGACAUGUCCACCGGGUUUCACUCCUGAGAAGCCGACAAACCGCGAUGAAACAAGUAGCGACCAUCUUGUCAAUGUCGCUGUCGCAGGAGAUAAAAGUCCGCGUGCUACUGGACCUGGAAUUGCUGUUACCUGUCGUAGACAAAAAAGUCUAGCCAAAUGCAGGAAUACUAGUCUAACUAAUUUCACGGAACCGGUGGAAGAAUUGACAAUCGUAGGUUAUUUGGAGGAACCGGAAGUCGGGACUCUGUUUGAUUCCUCAACCGGUUAUUACUAUGUUCAUCAAUCAUGUAUUAUCUGGUCUAGCAACAGUCAAGUUUUACUAUCAGAAUUGGCAUGUCGUGCUGUUUUACAAGCUUCUUCCAGACGGUGCGCCUAUUGCUCGCAUUAUGGUGCUGGAAUUUCUUGCAAAGUAACCUCGUGCAAUCGUUAUUUUCAUUUUCCGUGUGCUGCGGCCAGCAGCUGUUUUCAAGACAGUAAAAACUUGGCCCUUUUCUGCAGUCAGCAUCUUGGCCAAGUUCCACUUUUAUUAUGUGGAGAAGUUACUUGCGUUCAAUGUUAUGGAAUGGGCGAUGUCUCGAAUCUAAUGAUGUGCUCCGUGUGCGGCCAACACUAUCACGGCAGUUGUGUGGGCUUGGCAUUAUUACCUGGGGUGCGUGCUGGAUGGCAGUGCGUGUCUUGCCGUGUAUGUCAAGUCUGUCGGCAACCCGAGGAUGUCUCAAAGGUAAUGCUAUGUGAACGAUGUGACAAGGCUUAUCAUCCCGGUUGUUUGCGACCGAUUGUCACUUCUAUUCCAAAAUACGGCUGGAAGUGCAAAUGUUGUCGCGUGUGCACCGAUUGUGGUUCACGUACUCCUGGAGCUGGACUAUCUUCCAGAUGGCAUUCUCAUUAUACCGUCUGUGAUUCAUGCUAUCAGCAGCGUAAUAAGGGCUUCUCUUGUCCACUCUGUAGAAAGGCAUAUAGAGCUGCAGCAUAUCGUGAAAUGGUCCAAUGUCAUGGUUGCAAGAAAUUUGUGCAUGGCACAUGCGAUCCCGAAGCCGAUCCGCUUACUUAUCAGCAGCGCAAAGAAGCGAAGCCGGAUUACGAAUAUGUUUGUCUGCAUUGUAAGAGCAUCGCUAUGGUAGCCAGACGGAAGGACAGUAUUGAUGAAGGCGAUUUAAGUCUAAGUGCUUCGCAAGAAAGUCUCGAUGGUGAAUCUUCUGAGUUAGAUUAUCCAAGUGGUUGUUCUGAAGAAGCGCUUUAUUCGGUCGGAUUAGGGAAAGGAAAACCAUUCUGUGCCACAAAGAUUGCAAAGAAAAGAUUGGGGAUUAGCGGCGGAGUUAUCGGUAGGCCCAAAGGUAUUGGAAAACUGGGUUAUCAAAAGAGGCAAAAGAUGACAGAGUUUGGAAGAAAGAGAGGGCCCAAGGGAAAAAUGAGAGGAUUUUAUGGAGUGCCAGAAGUAGGUUUGCAGAGUCCGAAUCCAGAUUCAUCCCAAUCGAAGGAAGAAGAACAGCUUGGGGGUGAAAACAGAUUGAUCUUGUGCUCGGCCAAAGAUAAAUUUGUUCUUACACAGGAUAUUUGUGUGAUGUGCGGCUCGAUUGGUAUGGAUCAGGAAGGUUGUUUGAUUGCAUGUGUACAAUGCGGUCAAUGUUACCACCCAUAUUGCGCUGGCGUUAAGAUCACUAAGGUCAUCUUGCAAAAGGGCUGGCGGUGUCUCGAUUGUACUGUUUGUGAAGGCUGUGGUGAACGAAAUGAUGAAGCUCGCUUGAUUCUUUGUGAUGACUGCGAUAUCAGCUACCACAUUUAUUGUAUGGAUCCGCCUUUAGAUUAUGUGCCGCACGGUACAUGGAAGUGUAAAUGGUGUGCGCAAUGUCAGACUUGUGGUUCUAACGAUCCCGGUUUUAAUUCAUCCUGGCAAAAAAGUUACACUCAAUGCGGACCCUGUGCUUCUCACACCGCUUGCCUAGCUUGCCAAGAAGCUUAUCAGGAAGGUGAUCUCAUCAUUCAAUGCGUACAAUGCGAAAGAUGGCUUCACUGCGGUUGUGAUUCAAUUAAAAGCGAAGCUGAUGCAGAACGUUGUGCUGAGGAGGGUUACGUUUGUCUUCUUUGUCGUCCUAGAGAUGUUCCCCCUCCUCAUCUUCUCUCUAAACCUUCCUCGAAAUUCAUUCGGUCAUCUUCUCCACCUCAAAAUCGAAAUACAGAAUUGUUUAAAACUUCCUCGCAACAAUAUGUAUUGGAAGGAGUAUAUCUUUCUGAAGUAGGGAUGAAUCAUAUCAAAUCUUUAACCGCAGAACAUCAGCAAACAAGGAAAAAGAAAAGAAAACAACCUCAAAUGGUGGAUAAAGAAGCAGAUAUAAUGGCGACUAUUGAAUCUGUCAUUGCUGGAGGAAGUUUAGACAAUUCUUUAGAGGAAAAUAAUAAAUUGGAAUUGAUGGAUGUCAAAGAUGAACCAGAAACAGUGCUGAAAGAAGGUAUGGUAUGGAACCAACCUCCUCCAGAAGGCUUCAGCAUUUGCACUUCAGAAAAUGGACUUCCUGUUUUACGAAGAAAACGUCAAAGAAAUCUGCAAAAAUUAGGUAUUGGAGGAUUUAGUGUAAGAUUGAGAACCAGAAAAGAUAAAGAAGAAGAAGGAGAUACUGAAAAACCUGGAGAAUCUUCAAUCGUAGGAAUGGGAGACGAUAAACCCCGAAGGAAACCUCAGAGAAGAAAACCAAAACCAAAACUGGCGGAAUAUUUUCCUAUUUACAUGCAAGAAGCGUUUUUUGGCAAGAAUUUAAUGGAUACAACGAAAGAAAAAGAUCCUGAAAGCAGCAGCGAAUCUGAAGAAGAACAUAAAGUCCCUGAAAAUGCCAAUACAAUUCAGUUAUCUCAAGAUGAAUUGAAGGUAAUGGAACAAGUCAAAGCAAAACAAGAAAAAGACGAUGAAAAGAUUGCUCCUGAGCAAAUCAAAAGAGAAGAAAUCGUGGAAGAUGAUGGAAGUGAUACUGAAGCACUUGGAGAUAUUUUACCUAUUUCCGGGGAUUUAUUGGAUAGCGAUCUAGUAAAUACAAUAAUGAACGAAAACGAUGAGGACUUAGCUAAAGCGAGCGAAGCACUGGACGAGUUGGAUGAUGCUCAAGGUGGAAGUAAAGAUGAACUGACGGAUAUCUUAAGUCCACAUUUUAAUUUGGAGUCGAUGGUCAGAGACACUGGUUUACCUAAUAUGGAUAGUAAAGACAUCGAGGAAAUAUUUAAAGGCGUUCUGACUGAUGAAUCUCAAGAGUCUCAGGAAUCAUCGGUGUUCUCUGUCCAAGCUCAGACUUCACAUCCCUCAUCAUCAACUACUCCUCUAGUGUCACCCUCUCCUCAUCCUGGUAUUCAAACAGCAAUAUUAGCAAGACCUCAAGUACCUGGUGCUCUACCUUCGGUUGGCCAAUCAAACUUAAAUUCUCCAAUGAGUUUUCCACCACCUUCACCGUACCACUCUGAAUAUAGCAAUAGUCCACAGUUUAGUCCAGCAUUUUCGGAGCCUCCUAGUCCAUGGGUGAAUCCCGAAGAUGAAGGAAAUGCUCCAAUAGGCACUGCUACCAUUUCAUACAACCAAAAAAACCAUCUAAAGCUGGAAGCUGAUGAAGCAUUGGGUGUUGGAGCGACAAUAUCUUCGGUUCUCUAUGCUAAUAUUAAUCAUCCUGAGUGGAAAACUGAUUUUCCAAUAUGGGCCGAGAGAUGUAAACAAAUUCUGAAGAAAUGGCGAGCACUUCCAACUGAAAAGAAAGCCCCACUCUCCAAGGAGACACCACCACCAAGCACCACCAACACUAUCAUCACAACCAAUAUAACCACCACCAAUACCACCACCAUCAAUAUGAAUACCACUACUACUACCACCACCGCCAUGACUACCAUCAUCACCAAACCCGCCGCUAUGACGGCUCAGCAACAACAGCAGCAGGGAGUGGGUUUGAGACCCAUGGAGAAGCAAUCAGGAAUGUUGAUGACCAGUGGAAUGACGUCAACCGGCAACAAUCAGCAUCAGGAGGUGUGUGGGGUGCAGGGAACCCCGCCCAGCCCCUCCCUCUCCCCUGAAGCUCCUAGAAACCAACAGUCAUCCGUCUUGCAAUCUUGCACAACACCGGCUUCUUCGUCCUCUUUGUCUUCUUCUGCGUCUUCUUCCUCUUCUUUUUCUCAUUGCAAUAAUUCGGGUGAAGGGCAGCAACCUCUCCAGCAACGUCCACCCCCGAUUGUCGUUAACAGCGGCAGCGGGAAUAGUAGCAUAGAUCAGCAUCAGAUCCGAGUGCUCACUCCGUCCGAGAUCAUGCGCACCCUUCCGUCCCUCAGCCAGGAGCACUACGAUCCCCCACCUCCGCCACCACCACCCACUGCAAUUGUUCACACUGUGCCUCCCGUACAGAACCAUCACCACCACCACCACCACCACCACCAUCACCACCACCACCCGAAUAACAUCAUGGAACAAGAUAGACUAUCAAACAGAGAUCGAUCUACUAGAGAAGCUGAGCAGGAAAGGCAGUGGAAACAAUUACAAGCAUUACGUCAACAACAAGCACAAUUGCAGCAGCAAGUCAUCCAUGAACAACGCGUACAUGCAAUUGCUAGAGUACAUAGACAAAUCAGUGAAGAAAAUGCACCUCAACUAAGUAGUGAUACUGCACCCGCAUUAACAACACAAUUACAAGUUUCCACAACCCAAGACGCGAGUCAACUAACCUCCUUAGCUUCUCCUUCCCGCAGUACUUUCGCUACGCCCACACUCAAAGCCCCUCGUAGUCUCACACCUCAGUCACCCCAUCAUCAAACUAUGGUACGUCUGCCUGCGCAAGCACCUUGUCGAGUAAUACGUCCGGGCUUUCCUCAACCACCGUCUCCUUUCUCACCGCAAGCGCCUCAAUCACCUCAUGAUUUCCCACAAUCCCCGGCCUCCUCUCAACCUUCUCAGGAGUCACAUUUCCAACGCUUCGAAGGUAAUGUCUCAACUCCUGCAUCCCCCUAUUCGUCACCACAGACCCCAGGUACGCCUCGCACUCCCGUGUUUAAUCCUCCGCGACCUCCCGUAUAUGCUCCUCCUCCUCCCCCUCCUCCUCCUCCUCCUCCUCCAACAUCCCGAACUCCUGAUCCUUACAGCCAGCCACCUGUUACUCCCGCUCCUGUCGCAUCUAGCUAUCCAUCACCUAGGGGUUCUGAAACUCCUCGAACAUCUCAGGAACAAGAAGUGGCUUUUGUACAACAACCGGAAGUCAAUAGGCAAUUGAGGGACUUACUGCAAAGACAACAAUUUAGUAAGAAAAUUGAAGGAGUAGGUGCCAAUUGGGUUCAAGAUGGACAGAAUAAUACGGAAAACAAUCAGCAACAGUUUGAAGCUAGUCAUGUGCAGCUUCAGCAGCAACACUCUCAAGUACAAAACAAUUCUAGUGAAGGCACUUUUAGACAUCCACUUCCGCCAGGCAUUGUUAGGCCCAGAAUGCCUAUUCAACCGAAUGUCUUAAUAAGAAAUUCCAUUGGAAUAAACUCGCGACACCCUGUAGCAGGAAAUAUUCAGAAUCCGAUUGAUCAUCGUACUAGGACAUUACUGCAGAAUAGGCCCCCAGUAGCUACUAAUGUACCUGCUCAACAGCAUUUCCAAGCAACUCAAAACCUUCAAAUACGAAUGCCAGCAGCGAGAAAUGCCAUUUCCGAAUCUUAUGAUAUUUUGCAACAACAGAGAUUUACAGACGUGAAUCAGACGCAAAAUCAGCGUGUCGUGCGGACAGCACAGGACAAUUUAAAUCAAGGUAUUCGUAUGUUGAACACAACUCCAGGAAUGGUGCGAGCACCACUCGUUCCCACGACGAUGAGCGAGACCGUGGGAGUGGUUACUUCAGAAGCAUCUGAGAUCCCCGACAAUGUAACAGCUGAAUUGGAAAAGCUGGAGCAGGAAGGAGCCGGUCCAAUGGUUGAAGUCGAAGGAGUCAGUGCAAUAUUGGGAGAUCUGGCAGAUGAUGAUGACGAACUGCUUGCUGAAAUGGGAGCGGACUUUAACAUACUGGAAUAUGCGGAUCCUGAAUUGGACACGAUCGCAGGUGGGGAGAAGACUAAUAUUCUUGAUUUGGAUCUCGAGCAAGUUGAAGUUGAUCCCAAAGACGAUAAGCAAAAAAAGGAAACUAGGGACGAGGAACAGAAAUCAGAAUUGACUGGUCCAACCUCUGAUAUGACUGAAUCCUGCUCGACGAGCACGAGUUUGACUCUAACAGAAAAUUCCAACGUAUCGACAAUAACAUCACCACAGGCGACAUCGCAGACGACAUCGCAGGCAAUGCAGGCGCAAGUAGUGCAGCAACAGAUGCAUCAGCAAGUGCAACAAGCGGCAGCGAUGGGCCGACCAAUACCUCCCGGUACAAGGUUGCUUUCACCAGAUGGAGCAGUUGGAGUGGUGACUUCCACCAACACGGUAACUGUGAGCUAUCCAUCGAAUUUUUCCGGACAUCCGCAGAGACUUUCGCAGGCACAUAUACAAGUUUCGCAACAGCAACGGCUGGGCAUGCGAGUAGCCACAGGAGUGCCAAAUAUGGCUGGCAGAGUGGUUGCUGUAAAUCAUAUGAUUGGUCCACGGAUGCCAUUGGCUCCGCCACCACCACCACCGCCACCACCACCCCCUUACCCAGGGCCACCACCGCCAUAUCCUGGACCGAUACAGUCGUGUUCACAGGAGCAGCCAUUAUUGCUGGAGGAGCUGUUAGAGCAGGAGAAACGGGAACAAGAAAAACAGCAACAACAGCAGCAGCAACAACAGCAGCAGCAGCAGCAGCAACAGACCGAAAAUGUUACUGGAGGAAAUCUUUUGAGUGACAGCGAUUUUGAAAAAUUCAAAGCUGAUGUUUUGGGUACUACGUCACCUCCUCAGGGUAUGAUGCCUGUGAUAAGACCACCUUGUACAGCGAGAUCACCUUCCACAUCUAACACUAACUGGCAGCAAAGUGGCAUAGCUACUGAUGGGGUGCUAAAGCUAGCAGCGGCGCAAGUGGGAUCAAGACAACCAAUUGCCACACAGACUCCACCUGAACCAAGAGUGGCUAUGUUUAACAUUCCUCAAAAACCGCAACCACCGGCUCCACCAGAAAAUAUAGCUAAUGAGCAAGAUCGGCAAAGUCAUGCGAAUUAUGAGCAAUGGCUUAAUAAUCAGCAUCAAAUAUUAACGCAACAAUUAAAAUAUUAUGAGGCAGAGGUCCAAAAACUUCGGAAAAUAAGAAAGUCUCUCAAUAGUAAGCAACGUCAGCUUCGUAAAUCUGGUAACGAACUGACAGAGACCGAUGCUACUGAACUACAACGGAUUUCUUCUGAGCAAGCUAUUCUUCAGAAACAUUUAGAAACUUCUCGUAAGCAACAGCGUCAACACAGUGGACUGAUUCAAGAGUAUCAUAACAAACAACAACAACAACGACAAACUCAACCCCAACCAAACGAACCUUGUUCUCCAUUGAUGUCACCUUCUCAGCAUUCUCCGAUGCAUUCUCCAGCUGCGUUGGUUUCUCAGAGUCCUGGUCCUAGCAUGAUUCAACAUUCACCAGCAACUCCAUCAAUUGUUCAACAUAGUCCAGGCACACCGCUGCUUCAACAUAGUCCAGGCAACCCUCAAUCGUCUAAUCCAGGUACAAUGUCACCGCAUAAUGUUCAGCAACAAUCACCAAGAAUUGGCACCCCUCAUUCUCAAGGUGACGAAAGUCCCUUCAGUCCUGGGCCAAUGCCUUCUCCGGGUCUAUGCAAUCCCAACACUACACGAAUGACUUCACCACAACAUAGAGCCAUUAUUGGCGGAAGAUUGGCAACUUCUCCUGGUGCUUUUACGCCGGAGACGCGAAAUCAACAAUUGAUAGCUGAUCAGGGUGUGAGAGUUCAUAGUUUAACUCAGAGAUUUGUUAGACCACCAGAAGGGGCGCAGAGGAGAGGAGGUAUUGUUUACAAUCCACAGUCAGGACAGCAACAGUUACUGAAUCAACAACAGCAUCAGCUGUUACAGAGGCAGCAGAUUAUUCAGCAUGAAGGCGUUUCUCAGGAUCCAAGUCAAAAUACUAUUAUUCGGGCGACAUUGCAGCGGCAGCAAGUUUUCCAACAACAACAACAACAUCAUGAAGGUGUUUCUCGACAACAAAUUCUUCAACAGCAACAACAGAAUGAUAUUUCUCAGGAUGGACAGAACCUUAUCACUCAAAGAAAUUUACAAAUGGUUCAACAAAGACAAAUUCUUCAACAGCAACAGACUGAUAUCAUUUCUCAAGAAGGACAGAAUGUUGUUCAAAGAAAUUUACAAACGACCCGGCAACAAAUUAUUCAGCAGCAGCAACAAGAAGGCAUUUCUCAGGAACAAAAUGUCGUUACUCAAAGAUCGUUGCAAAUAACUCAGCAACGACAGCAAAUUCUUCAACAACAACAAAUUCUUCAGCAACAACAAACCGAAGAUGUUUCUCAGGAAGGACAGAGUUCUAUUAAUCAAAGAUCGUUGCAAGUAGUUUCACAACAGCAACGACAACAAAUUCUUCAGCAGCAGCAACAACAGAAUGAUAUUCCUCAAGAAAGUCAUAAUGUCGUUGCUGCUCAAAGAAACUUACAGAUGGUGCAGCAGCGACAACAAAUUCUUCAGCAACAACAACAAAUUCUUCGACAACAACAUGAAGUUGUUUCUCAAAGUAUUUCUCAAGAAGAACAAAUUCCUCAAAAUUCUAUUCCUAGAACGCUACAAAUGAUUCAACAACGGCAGCAGAUUCUUCAACAACAACAACAGCAGCAACAGGAAGGUACUUCUCAAGAUGGGCAAAAUAUUACUGUUCAAAGACAUUUGCAAAUAGCGCAACAACGACAGCAGCAUGAAAGUGUUUCACAGAAUAUUUCUCAAGAAAUUGGACAAAAUGUUGUUCAAAGGUCAAUACAGCUGGCACAGCAGCGUCAAAUCCUUCAACAACAUCAGCAACAUGAAAGCCUUUCUCAAGAUGGGCAGAAUACUGUUGCUCAAAGAAAUUUACAAAUAGCUCAACAGCGUCAACAGCAAAUUCUUCAUCAACAGCAUCAACAUGAAGAUGUUUCUCAAGAUGGCGCUAUUACUCAAAGAUCAUUACAAUUAGCUCAACAACGACCACAAAUUUUACAGCAACAUGAAGGUGUUUCUCAAUCUGUUCCUCAAGAAGGACAAAAUGCUAUUACUCAAAGACCUUUGCAAAUGGUUCAACGACAACAGAUUCUUCAUCAACAGCAACAUGAGGUUAUUUCUCAAGAAGGACAGACUUCUAUUGUUCAAAGAUCACUUCAAAUGGCUCAGCAACGUCAACAAAUUCUUCAUCAACAACAACAUGAAGGUGUUUCUCAAGAAGGGCAGAGUUCUAUUGGUCCAAGAUCACUCCAAAUGGCUCAGCAACGACAGCAUAUUCUCCAACAACAACAGCAAAGACAAUUCUUGCAAAUGCAACAACAGCAGCAGAAACCGCCUAACUCGCCGAUGGUGUCUCAGCCAUCAAAUUCCCCCAGUCCACAGCUUCAUCAGCAACUUCAAAAUUAUGGUCAACCUCCAAAUUCACCUAUGGUGCAACAGACAACGAUGGGUUCUCCGAUGCUUCAACAGCAAUUAAAUCCGACUUCACAACCUCCUAGUCCAAUGAAUAGGAUUUCACCAAUGCUUCAUGGUAGUCAUCAUCAUUCUUCGACAACUACUCAACCACCCAGCUCUCCUAUGAUGCCUAGAAGUCCUAUGGUAGCUGGAUCUCCUAUGCAAAUGCAGCGAAGACAGUCUACUGGGAAUAGUCCCGCUAUGCCAGACAGACCCCAAAGUGUGGAAAAUCCUGGAACUCCAAGGACACCUCAUACACCUCAUAAUUUUGUCCAACAAAAUACUAAUUUAACUGUAACUGCAAGUGAUCAACAACAAGUUUCUCAGCAAAUUCCUCAACAGGUUUCUCAGGAACAAACUUCUUUAUCAGAUAAUCUUUCUAGAGGUGGAGGAAACUCUAAUAAUCCCUUAAAUCCUAUUCCUUUUCUUGAUUUUGCGAACACUGGAUAUUUUAAAUUAGGAUUAAAGGGCGGCUCAUCAGAUGAUCGGGAUCAGAUUUAUCAACAAAUUUCUCAAGAACAAGUUCUUUUAUCAGAAAAUUCUUCUAAAAAUGAGGAAAAUAGUAAUAAAUCUAUAAAACCAAUACGAUUCCCCAAUUUUGGACGAUUUGGAUGGUUCAAAUUGGGUUUAAGAGGAGGAUCGCCAAUGUGGUCAAGCAAAGCUGAUAGUAGUAAAGGUGGUAAAGGAUCGGAAACAUCCCAAACGAAAAGAGAUCAAUCUACAGAAGAGAAAGCAAAUGCUUCCAUGAAUCGAAAAACCGCUAGAAUCAGCUCACUAGUCUGUGUCGACUAUAAUGACUUUGACGACGAUUCUCAUACGCCGCCACAAGCUUCGCCCACAACUUUAGACAUAAAAUCAACUGGUCAGGGCUCUUCAUUGACCUCUUCAACUUUAGAUAAUGGAUCUUUAACUUUAGAAAGUCCUGGAGAAAAAUUGGAACAACUUCCAGAUACGACAGAUUAUGAUGAUGACAAAACUAUAGUUAAUACCGAAGUGACUUUGAGUUCCACAGCUCAACGAGACAGUGAUGAUAUCACCGUGAUUGAACAGUUCGGUGACUCAGAACUAGUUGAUGUUAUUUCAGGAACUUUAGAAGGUGAUAUGCAGGAAGAAUAUGUUUUAUUCGAACCUGGAAUGGUGGUGGAUCUUUCUGCUGAUAGUAACGAUUCUCUUUGUCAUGCUUUAGUGAAUGAUGCUGGUCAAGGUCAUGACUUAGUGCAGAUUUUAGAGAUUGAUAAUUCUGAAUCACAAUCAGAAGAACCUAUUUUGAGUGACGAAGAUUUAGUCCCGUCUCAUUCAAGAAAUAAAAAGGGUCUUAGACUCGAUAUAGUGAGGGCCUUCCAGUCCGGAAAAAAGCUAGUCGCUGUAACUGAUACUCCUGAAUCACCAGAUCAAGAAGAACUUCGAGUUGAUCCUUCACCAGGUCCUUAUUUAGAUCAGUCUCCUGAUCAAGAACUUAUGGUAUCUUUAGUAAGUGAUUCUGAAGUGGUUAUCAUCGAUCCCACAACGAAAUCGCCUGAAGACAAUCUUUCUAAGGGUUCUUGCGAUGAAGAAAUUGAAAAAACUGAUAAUAAUAUACAAACUGAUGUUUCUAAAGAAAAUACAUUUAAUGAAGGCUCGAUAGAUGAUCAAAACAAAUCUUCAAAACAAAACAAGAGUCCUACAAACUUUAUCUUUUCAGAUAAAUCGUAUACCAAAACGCCAGCUUCAACUAUAUACCCACCUAAUAUUAACGUAACAGUCUCAAAAUCGAUGGUUUCUUUAAUAAAUACUACAAUUUCUUCAAAUUUAAUUUCCAGUUUAAUUUCUACUAGUUCUAAUUCUCAACUGACUCAGGUUUCAAUUCAACCAAUUGUGACAGAAACUAAAAUGGUAGAUCAUUUUGAUUUAAAAGAAGUUUCCUCGAGUUGUUCUACCAAUCAGAAAGGUAUUACAUUGUCAGCGAUGGCGAGCAUUGUGGCAGAUGCAAAAAUUGCCGCGAAACUUAGUCAAACUGCUCUGGAAAAAAUAUCCAAUUCUCAGCAAGAUAAAUUGAACCCGAAAAUCAUCUCUGCUAAUGAAAUACCGAAAAUAUUAUUCUCAGAGAAGCCUUUAACAACCUUUUCGAGUUUGCCAAAUACAGAAUCUCUGAACAAUCCCACGAAAUUAGUAUUAAGUGUACAAUCAACUUCUGUGACGCUCUCGACUCCGAAAAUGUCAAUUCCAGAUUUGUCGAAAAAGGAUACUAUCUUAAAGAGUAAAGAAAAAUUAACAGAAAAUCAAGAAAGUGAAAUGAAAGGAGAGAAAGAGAUCCAGGACAAAAUUAUAGAUGAAAAUAAUUCUUUGAAUACAUCGUCAAAUAUUUUUUCUGAAUCGAUUGAAGAGAAGAAAACUGAUCCAUUAAAUACUACGGAUGAACUGGAGAGUAUGUUAGAAGCUAUUCAUAAUCCUGCAGAAAAUGUUGAAAAUAAAAAUGAUAUUCCAACGACGACUCUGAAAAGAAUGUCACCUGUUACCGAUGAUUUGUCGCUCGUUAACAUUUUGGAAAAUGAUACUGAACCGGUAGAAAAUGAUAAAGAACAAAUUUCUUCAGAUUCUGAUAUGCAAAAAGUAACAAAUAAAUCAGAAGAAAUCCAAAAAAACAUUGAAGAGACUAAUGACAAAAACACAAAUAAAAAGAAUCAUCAGGAAGAACAGUGUACGGAAACUUCCAAACCAUUUCUUCAACAUUGUUUGAAUGAAGAAAAGGCAUUAAUAGAGGAAUCAUCUGAUGAUAUUUUAGAUAUGUUACAAAAUAUUAUUUCAUCAAAACCGGAAAUGGCAAAUAGUAGUGAGUCGAGUAUUAUUUAUCAAAUGCCAACUCCGUUAGAUACUUUACCCUUAAAUAUUCUUCAAGACUCUUUAAUGGAUUUAGAGCAAGAAAAUCUCGAAAAUGAUCAAAUUUCUUCAUCUGAACCUAAAAAUGAAGUAAAAUCUCAAAAUGCUGAAGUAAAAAAGAGUUCUCCAGCAAUGAGUCAAGCUUCCACUUUGAUAGUUAGUACCGUGGCACAAUUGCAAAAAAGCACAACAACAAUUCCUCAUUUAUCACCACUUUCGAAGCCAACAGAAUUGACUUCUAAUGUAGCUAACGUAUCCCAUCAACUGAGAACAUUGCUAUCAUCUUUACAAAGCAAUCAAACAACAGUGAAUCAAACCGGAGUGGUCACCAUGGUUUCUUCAAUGAAAUCUGGAAAUGUUUUAUCUACCUCUAGUCCCUUGUCGACAUUGAAUUCAUCAAAUAAUGUUCAGAGUGGAGUUUCGACUUUGACAAGAUUAGAUCAAGGUCGUUUUCAACCUAAUCUGAUCAGCAAUAUUUUGAAAGAUACAGAAAUGGUUAUAAAAGAGAAAAAAGAAUUAAAGGAAUGUAGCGGAGUUACUACAGGUUCAAAAGUUAAUAAUAGCGAGCAGAUCCUCAGGAUGACUUCUUCAGCGACAACUUUUCAGACUACUACAGUUUCUAAUCUUUCAAGUACUUCUUCGGCUGCAAGUACUUCUAAAAGCAUUACAACUUCGAUCUCCAUCACUUCAAAUGUCAUGUUGAAUGCCAUGCUGGCGGGGACUUCCUUAAAAUCUUCAAUUGCUGGUCAUGGUCGAAGUAACACAAUACCAACUCAAUCUGCAGUCAAUCUUUUGAGUUCUGUUUUACCUUCGACUUCAAUACAACGCUCGCAAAAUCUUCAAGCAAUCCUCCAAGCCAAUUCAGGAUGUUCUACACCCUCUCGAGUAUUAGUAAAUACUAAUUCAGCCGUAACUAGCUCAAUGCAAUGUAUUAGAACUAUUGUGCCACCUUUGGCAACUUCUAGUGGUGUUUCAAGUACGUCUAGUAUUCUUCAAUCGACUUUAUCGCAAGCUCCAAGUCCCCUUUUAACCUCUAAUCAAAACCAAUUUAAAUCUUCUGGUCUUCUACCAGUAGAGAAAAAUAACGAUCUUGAAAAUCCAUCUACAACAGUGAAAAAAGAUCCUGAAGAGUCUAAAAUACAAGAAAAAAAAGAAAUAGAUUCCAGUAAAAGUUCUUCUAAUUCUUUAAGAUUAGAGGAUUCUCAAAAUGUAUUGUUAAAGCAACUACUGCAAAAUACGGCAUGUCCUACGACUUCAGGAUCGUCACAAGGACCCAGUCUGCCAAUAGUUCCUUCACUAGAAGCGCAACUGGCUCGGCCAGUCUUACCUACGCCACCUUCUUUGCUUCCUCAGUUACUGAACGAAACCCCAACACCGAAGCCAGUAAUAAAACAAGUUCUUGCGAGGGAAACUUCUUUUUUAUCAGUAACACCCUUAAAGAUUCAAAGUUCACCAACUAAAGAGGAAUCUGCGAAACCUCCUCUUCCAUUACCUAGUCCGAUUGUGACACAAAGAGCACAAACUGAAAACUUGAAGCAGCAAACAACAAAGUCAGUUCCUAUUUCUUCAGCAAGUUCUUCGGGAAAUUCUAUAUCAACUCAACCAGUUUCUUCAACAACAAUAACAACAACAAAAACGUCUCCGAAUAUUUCUACGAAUUUGCAAGAGGUUUCUGUAAGUCAAAGCAAACUGAGUACUGGCGUGAGCGGAGAAGGACUUCAAACCCAACAACGCGUUACUGUUUCUAAACAUGCUUUGCAAAAUAAACCAGUGGCAACCUCUGGAAUAGCCUCGAAGAGCGUCCAAUUAGUGACCAGUAACUCUAAUAACGUAUCUGGAUCACAAAUUCAAGUCCAAACACAGUCUCAAAACCAAGCUCCAGUCGUGCAGAAGCCAACAGUGACACAACAACAAGUUCCUUCUUCUUCGACUACUUCCGUUCAACAACAAUCUGUUCAGCAACAAGUGCCUCAUAGUCAUGGAACCGUCGCGGUUCCACCACAAACCGUUAUGGGGUCCGUUACCCCAUCAGGUUCCAAUACAGUGCCUUUAGUCGAGAUUAAGAAAGAAAUUGGUCUUGAGGAUGUUUUGUCCACUGUUGCCACAACAUCAGCCAGUCAGUUGCAGACGGAUACCAAAGAAUUUCUCACUACCAAAGAGGAACUCAUAGAUGGCGCAAUGGAUGAUAAAACUGAUCUUAAGAAGUUGAAGAGGAGACAAUACCAACAGAAAAGAAAGCAAAGCCAGGGAAAGGAUGCCAUAACUGCACCUCAGAAAAAACGUUCCCGUAAAGUCUCGCGCCUCGAUGAGGAUUAUGAUACAUUUGUGGAUAAUUUAAUGACCCAGUUGCGACAACUUCAACCGAUGGCGGUUCUGGAACCUCAGUUGAGUCGUAAUUAUGGGGUGUGCCCGAUUUUCGGUUGCGGAGAUCUUGUUAAGAUUGGAAGUCAGAAAGAUUAUAACGCUAGAAUUGGCGAUUUGAUUGGAAAUUAUGGAUCAGCCAGUUUACCUGGAAUUUCUGAUCAUUAUAAUACACAGCCAUUUGGAGAAUUAGAGCCUCUGCCACCUCAACAACCCUCGACUACGCAGAGAGGAUUUUAUGAUCAAGAAUUUCCGCCUUUGAAGUUGGACGAUACUGAUGAUAAAAAAGAGAAUAUGACAACUAAUCGCGAUGUGGACUCUCCUGAUACCAUUGUGAGUUCGUCUUCACCUGAAUGUGUUAUACCAGAAUUUAUGCACCGUUUUCCUGGACUGCGAUUGAUUGAGGAAGAAUCGGAUGAAGAAGCAGAAUGGCUGAAACGUGUGUCACCCGUUAUACCUCUGGUUUCACCAAUUCCAAUCAGACUAAAGCCUGCUUACUUAAAAGAUGCAGCUAAACAAGACAAGGAAAAUUUUGGAAUGCCCAAACUUGGCAAGUCCCCUCCGAUUCCUUUACGAGAAAGCGGAAAUGUCACUGUGACCUUAACUUUGAAUAGUCAGGCCGCCGAUGAUAUAAUGGGUGUACUUAAAGAUCUUGCUAAUAUUCUGAACAUAACACCACCUGCUGGUUAUCAAAUAGUUGAACGAACCACUACUCCUCCUAGUCAGAAAUUAGGGCUGUACAGGACAAAAGGGAAAGACGGCAAAGAGGGUACUCCAAUCGAUAUACAAAGCAUUCUAAAUGGUGCGGCAAAAUUCUGUCGUCAUUGUGAUGUUGUGAUCCUUAACAGUUUAAUUCGAAAAAAAGUAUCGGAUCUACCAUUCUUGAGCAAAGAGGAAGCUGAACCGGGCGAUGAACUUUGCUUCUGUUCAGCGGCUUGCUAUGUGCAAUUUGCGCUCAUGCAUCGAACACCUUCUAAUACUCAAGAUAAGGCUGCAACGGUAGUAGAUCAUCUAUGUCAUAAAACAGAAGCCAAAAUGUUGGAAGAUGAUUUGAAAAGUCUGAAGAAAUUUCCCAUUAAACAGCAACAGCAGCAGAUGGAGAAAUUUGAAAAUAUGGAGAUUAUUAAUGAAUCAACAACAGAGAUUAAAGUGAAAAUUGAGAAAUUGGAUAAUGUCAACAGUGUGGACAACGAUGAAAAGCGGUCAAAGAAACAUUCAAUUAGUGAAGAAAUCGGUGAUUCUAUUGAGCCUCAACCACCUGCAAAAAUCUGGAAAGGUUUGAGAUAUAAAACAUGGUCGCUGGGAGCCAUGCAACCUUCAACUAAAUUUAAGAAACCCACUGAUAGAGAAAUUACCGAGAUGCUGUUUCGUAUGGGAAUUGCAGUAGCUCCCGCAAAAGCCGAAGAUACCCGUCGUUGCGUAUUUUGCAAGAGUCAAGGCGAUGCAACAGCCGAUGGGCCAGCUCGAUUACUCAAUUUUGACGUGGAUAAAUGGGUACAUCUCAAUUGUGCAUUAUGGUCUAAUGUAGUGUAUGAAGCACAGAGUGGCGCACUUAUGAGAUUGGAUGAGGUCCUGCAGAACAAUCUUGUACAGAUUUGCAUCAUUUGCGAAAAAUCCGCUGGCACUGUCAAGUGCUACAAGCCAAGAUGCACUAACUGGUACCACCUGAUAUGUGCCAUUAAAGACGGUUGCGGUUUUUAUAAAGAUAAGACUAUGGCUUGUCCUCAACACCUUAUAAAAGAUAAAGAUAAAGAACUAACUACCCUUUCUGUUUACCGUCGCGUCUAUGUUCAACGUGAUGAAAAUCGUCAAGUCGCUGCGGUGAUGCAUCAUUCUGACAAUAAACAUUUACUUCGUGUGGGUUCUCUUAUCUUUCUUAGCGUCGGUCAACUACUUCCUCAUCAAUUACAAAACUUCCAUACGCCCAACUAUAUUUAUCCGGUGGGCUACAAAAUCGUACGUUUCUACUGGAGCAUGCGAAGACCUAAUAAACGUUGCCGCUAUGUUUGCUCGAUCCACGAUGUUUCUGGUCGUCCGGAAUUUCGUGUCCUAGUUCAAGAACCUCUUCAAGAAGAUGUUGAACUGAGAGACGCUACUCCGCGAGCAGUUUGGAGCCGAAUCUUGGAACCAUUGGCAGAAUUGAGAAGAAGUACAAACUCUGUACAAUUAUUCCCGAGAUACGUUUCAGGAGAAGAUCUGUUUGGUUUGACAGAACCAGCAGUAGUGCGGGUACUGGAAAGCUUGCCUGGAAUUGAGACUUUAACCGAUUACAGAUUUAAAUAUGGUCGUAAUCCGCUAUUGGAGUUGCCUUUAGCCAUCAAUCCAACAGGAAGUGCACGUACGGAGGCACGUUUACGCAACCAGCUUCCGUGGAAACGACCGCACACGCAACGCACAGGAGGCUUUGCUUCACGUGGAAUGCCAUUUGGCUUGCCAACCUGUGGUGCUGCCGCAACAAUGGGAGGUGGAGUCUCUUCAACAUUAGUUGCAGCAGCUGCUGCUGCUGGCGAAGCCGCCUCCUGUCCAUAUUCGAAACAAUUCGUACACUCCAAGAGUUCACAAUAUAAGAAGAUGAAACAAGAAUGGCGUAAUAAUGUUUAUUUAGCAAGAUCAAAGAUUCAAGGUCUAGGAUUAUACGCAGCGAGGGAUUUGGAGAAACACACGAUGGUAAUCGAAUACAUUGGAGAGAUCAUUAGGUCAGAGUUAGCAGAAACAAGGGAAAAACAAUAUGAAGCUAGAAAUCGUGGUAUAUAUAUGUUCCGAUUGGAUGAGGAACGAGUAAUAGAUGCUACUUUAUGUGGUGGUCUCGCUCGCUACAUUAAUCAUUCCUGCAACCCGAACUGUGUCGCUGAGAUCGUUGAAGUUGAGCGCGAUUUCAGAAUUAUCAUUUUUGCUAAGCGCCGAAUUUCACGUGGCGAAGAGCUGGCAUAUGACUACAAAUUUGAUAUCGAAGACGACCAGCACAAGAUUGCAUGCGCUUGCGGCGCACCUAAUUGUCGUAAGUGGAUGAAUUAAACAAAUUAAGAUGACGAUACAGAGAAGAAACAGGAAAUGAGAA